AUGGACCCCUUCAGCAUCGGCAUUUGCGCGGAAGAUGCAGAGGCGGCUCGUGUGGUGGCCGCCGCGUUAGAUGCCGGCUGCCGACCAUUUUUCUACAAUGCGAGGGGCACUUUUGUCGACAUGCGAUUUGUCCGACCUCGUAGGCCUACCGAGCAUGUUGCCUCUGGUGAAUCGUUUCCGCUGCUGUACGGCUGGAUUGAGCGCGUGAGCGCCGACACCCUCGUUCAACUCGUGGAGCCAACGCCGCCAGCACGACGGCCUUUCUGGUUUGUAGGGGGCGUCGGUGCGGAGUUGCAUGAAAGUCAGACCAGGGCUCCUACCUCCUCCAACGACGCGGGUGAUUUUUCCACGUCCAGCGAAACGGGUGGGCGGGAAAGUGCGGGGCGCGUUGUCGGAUCGUUGAGUUUUCUUUUGCAUGUCGUGAGCACUCCAGCCCAGGAGCACGCACACGACAUCGUGCUGCCUGAUUCCGUGCAGGUUGAUGAAGAGACUCAUCGAGGAGACCUUCCCGAUGCGGUCCACACGACUCAUUCUACGAAGGGGCGUCUUCUUCCCUCGCCAAGAGGGGAGCCUUUAAAGAAUGCCCUGGAGGAGGAGCAGGCCGCGAUGGAUCGCCGUGAUGAUCGUCAAGUUGUGCGCAACGCUGUCGAGACGGUACUGAACUACUCUCAGUUGAUUACGGAGCAUCCAGGAUCUAGUGGAUCGGUUUACGUGAAUGAAUCUACCGGAUGGGAGUACAUUAAGUUUGAAUGA